AUGCCAUCCCUGCUGCUACUGCUGUCACUGCUGUGGGGAAGUGAGGGGGCUGGGCAGAGUCGAGAGGGUUGGCUGGAGCUCAAUGUUACAAGCCUAAAUGCUGUGCUCUCCACAGGGUCCCUGGAGGACCACAUGGGGUAUGAGCUGCAGAUUCCAGAGCUGGUGACAGUGCAGGAGGGCCUGUGUGUCCUGGUGCCCUGCUCCUUCUCCUACCCCAGUGACGGAUGGAGUCACUCAGACCCACUCUACAUCUUCUGGUUCCAGAAAGGGGACAAUGAACACUGGGAUCCUCCCGUGGCCACAAACAAACCCGGCCAGAAGCUGCAAGAGAGAAGCCAGGACCAUUUCCAUUUCCUUGGGGACCCCCAGACCAACAACUGUUCCCUGAGCGUCAGAGACACCAGGAGGAAAGAUGACAGAGUGUAUUUCUUUCGGUUGGAGAGGGCCCUCACCCAGACACCUGACAUCCAAGUCCCAGCAACUCUGGAAUCUGGCCAUCCUGUGAACCUGACCUGCUACGUGUCAGCAGCCUGUAAAAGCAGGAAGCCUCUCACCUUUUCCUGGACAUGGGGAACCGUCAUUUCCUUGGGCCCUGGGACACCUCACUUCUCAGAGAUCACCAUCAUCCCACAUCCCUGGAGCCACGGCUCCAAUACCACCUGCCAAGUGACUUUCCCAAGGUUUAAUGUGACCGCAGAGAUGACCGUCCAACUCAAAGUCUCCUGUGGUGGCAUGAGGACAGCCGUGAAAGGACACUGGGGUGGGCUGACAACAUUCAGAUGGUCCCCAAGCUCCUCUCUCUCCUCACCAGCCCUGACACACAAGCCCAGCAUUUUCAUCCCGGAGAUCCUGGGGAACUUCGGCUCCUCAGUGCUUACGAUCACCCCACAGCCCCAGGACCACAGCACCAAGCUCACCUGGCUGGUGAAGUUCCCUGGAGCUGGUGUGACCACAGAGAGAACCAUCCAGCUCCGUGUCUCCUGUGGGAGGCGGGACACAGUCUCUGCUCCUCUGCUCUCAUUUGAGCAGGUCUCUGAGGUCUCUGGGUUGCAAGGUUUCCGUCUGCUCUGUGCAGAGGGAGUGGAGCUCCGACGGCCUGUGGCUUUGCAGUUCCUCUUCUGUGAAUCGCCAACAUCACGCGCUCCUCCCCAGCCACCCAUUCCUCCCCGCAGUCCUUCCCCUCCACUCCCUUCCCAUUCUCUGCUCACGCAGGGAGCCCAGGAAGCCUCCGCCUCAGAGAUGCUACCGCUGCUGCUGCUCCUGCUGUGGGCAGGGGCCCUGGCUCGGGAGUGGACAUUCCAGCUGGAGGGACCAGAGUCGUUGACGGUGCAGGAGGGUCUGUGCGUCCUCCUACCCUGCAGAUUGCCCACUAUCUAUUCACCCUGGUACGAUUAUUAUGGCUACUGGUACUUGGAAGGGGCUGAUGUUCCAGUGGCCACAAAUGACCCACAUAAAGAAGUGCAGGAGGAGACCCGGGACCGAUUCCACCUCCUCUGGGAUCUCAGCAGUAAGAACUGCUCCCUGAGCAUCAGAGAUGCCCGGAGGAGGGACAAUGCUGCAUACGUCCUUCGGUUGAAGCCGAAAUGGCCAAAUUUUGGUUAUCCAUCUUAUAAAUCUUCCAAGCUCUCUGUGUGUGUGAUGGCCCUGAGCCACAGGCCCAGCAUCUCCAUCCCAGGGACCCUGGAGUCCGGCUGUUCCAGGACCCUGAACUGCUCUGUGCCCUGGGCCUGUGAGCAGGGGACGCCCCCCAUCUUCUCCUGGAUGUCAGCUGCCCCCACCUCCCUGGGCCUCAGGACCACCCAGUCCUCGGUGCUCACGAUCACCCCACGGCCCCAGGACCACAGUACCAACCUCACCUGUCAGGUGACGUUCCCUGGAGUCGGUGUAACCAUGGAGAGAACCAUCCAGCUCAAUGUCUCCUAUGCUCCACAGAAAGUGACCAUCAGCAUCUUCCAAGGAAACAGCACAGCCCUCAAAAUCCUGCAAAACACCUCGUCCCUCCCCGUCCUGGAGGGCCAGGCUCUGCGGCUGCUCUGUGAUGCUGACGGCAACCCCCCUGCGCACCUGAGCUGGUUCCAGGGCUUCCCUGCCCUGAACGCCACACCAAUCUCCAAUACCGGGGUCCUGGAGCUGUCGCAAGUAGGGUCUGCAGAAGAAGGAGGUUUCACCUGCCGCGCUCAGCACCCUCUGGGCUCCCUGCAAAUCUCUCUGAGUCUCUUUGUGCAAUGGAAACCAGAAGGCGGGGUUGGUGGUGUCCUGGGAGCAGUCUGGGGAGCUGGCACCACAGCCCUGGUUUUCCUCUGUGUUGGCUUCAUCUUCAGAGUGAAGACCAGAAGGAAGAAAGCAGCCGAGCCAGUGCAAAACAUGGACGAUGUGAACCCCAUCAUGGUCUCAGGCUCCAGGGGUCAUCAGCACCAGUUCCAGAGAAGCAUAGUUUCAGACCACCCUGCUGAGGCUGACCCCAUCUCAGGAGAUGAGCAGGAGCUCCACUAUGCUUUCCUACGCUUCCAUAAGGUGCAGCUUCAGGAACCAGAGGUCACCAACACUGAAUACGCAGAAAUCAAGAUACGCAAGUGAGGAAUUGUCCAAAGCCAUAACCUUGAUUGGAGACCACAUGGUACCUCUCAGUGUAUUGGUUACUAGGGCUGCCGCAGCAACAUACCACAGACUGAGUGACGUAAACACAGAACUUUAUUUUCUUAUAGCUUUAGAUGUUAGAGGUCUGAGAACAAGGUGUUAUCAGGGUUGGUUCCUUUUAAGGCCUCUCUUGUGUCUUCACAUGGUCUUACCUCUGAGUGUGUUUAUGUCCUAAUCUUCUCUUCUUAUAAAGACACUAGUCAUAUGGGAUUAGGGCUUCUCUAUGACCUAAUUUAAAUAAAUUAACUAUUUAAAGACCCUCCAAAUACAGUAACCUUCUGAGAUAUUGAGAUUUAAGACUUCCAACAUAUGAAUUUUAGCCCAUAGCACUGUGUCCAAUUUUUUUAAAAAUUAAUAUUUUUGUUGUCAAUGGACUAUAUAAAUUCCUUAGUAUAUAUGGCAGAUCACAGGACUUCUGUCCAAGAGAACUGAGUUCAACUCUAUCUAUGCCAGUUACUGAGCAAGUCACUUUAUCUCCCUGCUCUGUAAGGCAGGGAAAUAAUUUCUGUCUAACCAGAUUAUUGUGAAAGGUCAAAGAAAGCAUACAGCUAACAUACAGCUUUGUCAGCUGUAAAACAGCUAACAAAGGCCCUGACACAAAGUUUUUCAUAAAGUCUGUAUACUAUUGUAAAUAAAUGCCUUGUAUCUGGC